CAACAAUAUAGUCUGCCUGGCAACUGAUGAUGUUAGCCAAUCAGCUUGCCUUGUUUACUUUAACAUGAUUGGACACUGUACCCGUAUAUAUACCGGUGCCACCCCUGGGCGGAAGAAGAAGCCAGAUAGAAGCCCGGAAGUAGAAGCCCAAAAGGAGCCGCGGAGAGCGGACCGGUAGAGGCUUUGGGGCAGACUGAAGCACAAAAGGAGCCGCGGGGAGCGGACCAGAGGAGGCUUCAGCUGGGAGAACCCAGGGCAGGCUGUACGGAGAAGGAAAAUAAAAAGAAAAGGUUGUCCACUACCAGACUUUGUCGUGUGUCCUUCCUGCCGGCCGGGAGCGGACAUCGACAUUUGGUGGCCCGUACGGGGACUGAUCACCCCUGCGACGUGGAAGUGGACAACGCUCCAGUACAGAGCUGCGAGACAGGUGAGUUGGGGAUAAGCCUGGGCUCUGGGUGGCGCGCACCUACAGGGCUUUUAGACUCCCCUCAGGCUCACGCGUAAGUGGCGGAUUCCUUGGGCCUCACGCGGUGAGUAACAUAUUAAAAAAUGGGAAACAUGUUAGGUAGCAACACUAAGAGCGAGGGUGGUUAUGGAGAAAGCUCUCAAGAGCUUACAAAAGUACGCAGGGUAUCUGAGCAGGCCCAGUCAGGGAGCUCCCGAGAGGUGUCUGUCAAGGGGAACAAGGAUGCUAAGGAGGAGGACGAGGCUCUAGCCUCGGAGUCGUCUGACUCCGAGGACGAGGGAAAGUUGAAUGGCAAGGAGGCCAAAGAGACCAGCUGUCAGGAGCCUAAGUCGCUCGAUAAGGAGUCGCAGGGUUCUUUUCCAGCGUUGCGCCGCGAAUUGCGCUCUGCUCAACCUGGUCUGCGGAGGAGUAGAGAGCUCCUGAGCGCUCCCCGGCGCGAGAGGGAGGCAGAGCCUUCCGCCCCACCUCGGGGGCCGUUUCCGGAGGCGAUCCCUCGCCACGAGGCGGCCGCCUGGGAGCCCCCCCCCCUUUCGUCAGAACAGGAAGUGAUGCACGGGCCCCCAUUCUCCGACCAAUCACGGCCACCGUCUUAUGCUCCGCCGCCGGCGGAUCGGUAUUUUCACAGGUGGCUUUGGCAGGGGAGACGCUUGUUUCAUGAGGUACAUCCACCACCUGGGAUGGAUAGUGACCCCUACGAGAUAUUUCCUGUACAAGUAGCUAUGGGUCAGGGACGCAAUGUAUGGGAGCCUUUUGAGAUAAAGCAGAUUAGAGAACUUAAAAAUGCAGUUACAACCUUUGGGCCGACUGCGCCUUACACCAUUGCCAUGCUGGAGAAUCUGUCUUCUGGGCCCCUCACCCCCGCGGACUGGAUUCAGCUGGCAAAGGCCUGUCUGCCCUCGGGCAGUUACCUGGAUUGGCGAGCCUGGUAUGCAGAGUUCUCUGCCGAGCAGGCUGAGAAAAACGCCAAUCGAGGAAACCGGGGGUGGAACAAGGAAAUGCUUAUGGGAGAAGGUCGGCACGCUGAUGACCAGACCCAGUUCCCCGGCGCUGUCUAUGAGCAAAUCAAUGCCAUAGGACUCCGCGCCUGGAAGCAAGUAAGUGGUGCUGGAACAGCCUCCUUGUGUCUUUCAAAAAUAAUUCAGGGUACCACAGAGCCAUUUGUUGACUUUGUGGCCCGAAUGCAAGAUGCUGCCGAUAAGAUAUUUUCUGAUCCGGGAGUGGCUCAACCGCUGGUAAGACAGCUGAUUUUUGAGCAAUGUACAAAGGAGUGCAAGGCAGCGAUAGCUCCUCAUAAGAACAAGGACCUCAAUGCCUGGAUUAGGAUAUGCAGAGAGAUAGGGGGGCCGCUCUCCAACUCGGGAGUGGCUGCUCUCCUGGCCGCGGCUAUACAGCAGAGGGGACCUCGCGGGUUAGAAGGGGAAUGUAAGGCUAAAGGGUGUUUUGCCCGCGGGGAGCCAGGACACAUUAAACGUCACUGCCCAAACAAUGCAGAUGCUAGGCCUCGUCCUAGGAAUGAAGAACCAUAUGUUUGUGGGCGAUGCAAGAAGGGAUCACACAAAGCUGAGGAGUGUGGGUCGGUCUUUGAUGCUCAGGGCAACCGUAUUUGUGGACAAGAUGCUAGAGAGCCAAAAAACGGCCAGAGGGGGCCCCCUUCACAGGCGGGCCCCCGCCCCAGAGACAGGACAGCUCAGGGUGGCAGCCUUCAACAAGGGCCACCCCUGGGUCAGCAGGUGUGGACCUCAGUGUCACCUCCAGACUUAUACAGAAGAUCACCAUUAGGACGGAUGGCGUUAGGACCCUAAAUGACAUGCAAAAGCUAUUGGGAGACAUUAAUUGGAUUAGGCCAUAUUUACAUAUACCAAAUUCAGAUCUCAAACCCCUGUUCGACCUUCUGAAGGGAGACCCAGAUAUAGCCUCCCACAGGAGGCUCACUCCUGAGGCAAGAGCUGCCUUACAGAGAGUGGAAAAAGCCUUAGGUGGGGCUACCUUACACAGAAUUGAACCAGGGCGACCCUUUGAUGUCUGUUUGCUACAGACUAGUCUACAGCCCACAGCGGUGAUUUGGCAGAAAGGACCACUACUGUGGAUACACCCUAAGGUCUCACCUGCAAAAGUCAUAGAGCAUUACCCGGAGGCAGUCGCUUCAUUGGCCCUUGAAGCGCAUGAUAGAGCUGUCCAACAUUUUGGCUCAGGACCACAAGCCAUCCGAGUACCCUAUACCGCCAGCCAGAUCAAGACCCUGGCUGCCUGCAUAGAUACAUGGGCCAUUCUGAGAUGUGUUUUCCAUGGGGAUAUAAACAAUCAAUACCCUAAAGACCCUAUCUUGUCAUUUGUCACUCAGCACCCUAUAAUUUUUCCAAAGGUUACUGCCUCUGAGCCAUUAGUCCCAGCAACUACAAUAUACACAGAUGGCUCUAAGACGGGGAUAGGCGCCUAUGUGAUCCUAGGCAAGCCCCCGGUUACCAUACAAUUUGAACCAGAUCAGCCUCAGGUGGUGGAACUGCAGAUCGUUAAAAUGAUUCUUGAACGGUUCUCAGAGGCCAUUAACAUUGUCUCCGAUUCUAGGUAUGUGGUCAAUGCUAUGCAAGUGCUUGAGACUGCCGGUUUAAUUAGAUCCACUUCCACAGUGGCUGGACUGUUCCUGUCUAUCCAGACAUUGCUUCAGAACAGACACCAUAAGGUCUUCACCACCCACAUAAGAGCACAUACAUCCCUGCCAGGGCCUAUGGCACAGGGGAAUGCGGCUGCUGACACUGCCACUCGCCCGUUAUGGAUUUUUACCUUACUAACACCAAUCGAGCGAGCCCGUGCCUUCCAUGAUAAGUUUCAUGUCAAUGCCAGGACACUAGCAAACCAUUUCCAUGUUUCUAGAGCAGAUGCACGAGAUAUCGUGCGACUAUGUGACUCCUGUGCCACAUACAAACCUGCCAUACCGAUGGGAGUAAACCCUCGAGGUUUAAUCCCUGGUGAUGUUUGGCAGAUGGACAUCACACAUAUACAGGAGUUUGGGACUCUUAAAUAUGUUCAUGUUUCCACAGACACCUGUUCUCACGUCAUAUUUGCAACAGCAGAAACAGGUGAAAAAGUGUCUAAUGUGAUCAAUCAUUGCCUGGCGGCUUGGGCCGCAUGGGGCAAACCAAAAAUAUUAAAAACUGAUAAUGGACCAGCCUAUAUAGGCAAAGCUUUCAAUGAGUUCUGCAAAAUGAUGGAGGUUCAAUUAAAACAUGGUAUCCCAUACAAUCCCCAAGGUCAAGGAAUCAUUGAGAGGGCUCAUAGAAGCCUCAAAGAAAUUUUACAAAAACAAAAAGGGGGAGUAGGCCAAGGCCUGGCCCCAAAGGCACGAUUAUCCAUGGCACUAUUCACACACAAUUUUUUAAAUUUAAAUAAUGAUAAUCGCUCCCCAGCUGUGGAGCACUGCAACCCUUCCCCCAACCAUAAAGGGUGGGUGAAGUGGAAAGAUGUCCUGACAGGACAAUGGAUGGGCCCGGAUCCAGUGGUCAGCUGGAACCGAGGCGCGGUUUGUGUUUUCCCACAGGAAUCGGGACGAGAACCACUGUGGAUACCGGAGAGACUGACACGGACAACAAAGCCCUCGACUAAAGAUCAGACCUGCCCUACUGGAGAUCCAUCACAGACCAACCAAUAAGAUGAAUAGAAAUAGCGGUAGCCCGAAAUGGACAAGAAGAUCCUCAGGCAUAUGCAUGGCUCGCUCGCCUAGCCUACGACCGAGUCUAGGGACGGUGAGCUUCCCACACUCCUCCUCUAAAAAAUUAUGAUAUAGCAGGGUAGAUGAGUCAAUGACGGGUAAGAGCGUGCCUCCCCAGCAUGACUCGACCUAAGCCAGGCCCUACCCCAUCCUGCACGUAAGCCGCUGGACUGUUAGAUGCUGCCCAGGUCUAAAUUUCUCUCCGAGGGGAUUUCUUUACGGAGAGGAAAUGAGUGCAAGCUUGUGUGCAUCCAGGUUCCGUCCAGUUUGUGCCUGGCCCUAGAAAAAGGACGAGGGCCUCAGGGCCUUGGCAGACCAUGGCAUGGCCAACCAGGGUCUAAGCCAAGGACCUACGGUGGGCCUACGCAUAGGGCAUAAGCCUCUGCACCCAGUCCAGGAAGGGCUACGAUGCGCACAUUCAUAAAAAAUAAAAUAGGGGGAGAUGUUGGGAGCCGCGUCUGUGAUAGUUCGCCUUACUUGGCGGACGUGCGGCCUGUAGUAAAGAGUGAAGCCUGAGGUAGAUUACCCCUCCCAUCGAAUAUGUUAGUUUCCUGCUUACCGCGUAAACAACCCGCUCAACAAUAUAGUCUGCCUAGCAACUGAUGAUGUUAGCCAAUCAGCUUGCCUUGCUUACUUUAACAUGAUUGGACACUGUAUCCGUAUAUAUACCGGUGCCACCCCUGGGAGGAAGUAGAAGCCAGGUAGAAGCCCGGAAGUAGAAGCCCAGAAGGAGCUGCGGAGAGCGGACCGAUAGAGGCUUCGGGGCAGACUGAAGCACAAGAGGAGCCGCGGAGAGCGGACCAAAGGAGGCUUCAGCUGGGAGAACCCAGGGCAGGCUGUACGGAGAAGAAGAAUAAAAAGAAAAGGUUGUCCACUA